AUGGUAUCAAGUGAGGAAACAAGAAGACUCCACGUGAACAUGUGCUGGUUCAUAGACUUAGACUGUAUGGAAUCAGUGGAUCUGAUACUGAAAACAGGACUGAAAAGGUGGCUACAAGAAGGAAGAGCUGGUGAAAUGGGAGUAGUGAGAAUGGCAGCAGUUGCUAGGCAUUACACGAGAGUAGGAGAGGUAGAAAUGGCUGAGAAAGUGCUAGAAGCAAGGGAGACUGAAGGAGAGGAAGAAGGAGGACGAGAGUACGUGGUGGAAUACGCCAGAAAGCAGGCUGAGAUUGCCAGAGGGGCUGAAUACGAAGUGGAGGAGAAGGCAGGAAACAAGAAGGAGGCUUUUGGCCUCUAUCUUUACCUAUGCUCCAUGCGCAGAAACAAAACAAACAAAAUAGCUGAGACGAACAAAAUAGCUGAAUGCGUCUAUGCGAUACUAAGGAAGCUGCCUGAAUUCAGGGAGGCCCUCGACUGUGGAAUUGCGCUCCUGGUUGCGAACAGGGGCGUCCUGGACGUCGAUCGAAUCGAAAACGGCCACCUGCGCCAGCACGGCCACUUCGUGCUCUCGAUCCACGGGCAGGCGACUCAGCGGAUUCCGAUCCGCCCUGAGCUCGUCCUCGACGAGGAGGAGUUUGCGGUCUUCGAGCACUUCAUCGGCCGUGGCACGGCCGAUCUGCUGCUCCGUCGGAGCAGAACGUUCCUUGGCGCCGUCAUCGGCGCCAUUGAAAUCGUGAGACGGUCGNUCGAAAACGGCCACCUGCGCCAGCACGGCCACUUCGUGCUCUCGAUCCACGGGCAGGCGACUCAGCGGAUUCCGAUCCGCCCUGAGCUCGUCCUCGACGAGGAGGAGUUUGCGGUCUUCGAGCACUUCAUCGGCCGUGGCACGGCCGAUCUGCUGCUCCGUCGGAGCAGAACGUUCCUUGGCGCCGUCAUCGGCGCCAUUGAAAUCGUGAGACGGUCGCUGCCAAAGAGCGAAAUUGCUGCCAUUUUGGAGGCGAUUCCCGAGGACGCCGAAAUGAGGGAGCUGAGGGCGCUGCUGCUCGCGCCUCUUCGCGAGGGAGGAGGCGCCUGA